GGUAGCUUCGCUCAAGCAACAGGUGCGCGGAGCCGGGACAGGUUUGUUCGGUGGGGAGGAGUGGCCCUCAGAAGGUCUAGCUAAAACUACAUUUCAAGAUGGAGCCAUCUCCUUUCAACAGAAGGCAGUGGGCGUCACAUUCUCUGAGGAUCACCGCCAAAGAGUUGUCCCUUGUCAACAACAAGUCCUCAGCUCUCAUGGAAAGGUUCUCCAAAUAUCAGAGAGCUGCCGAAGAAGCGACUGCAGAGAAAAAAAGAAGUAACACUGAAAAUCUCCCCCCUCAUUUUAAAAGGGGGACCCUCAGUGUCUUAAAGAAGAAGUGGGAGAAUCCAGCCUUUGGGGCAGAGGUUCGGAAGGAAACGCUCCGAAGCCACUGUGCUGAGGUUCAGCCGAAGGCUGUCAGCCCUGGGGUUGGAUUUGAAAGCAGCUCCGAGGCUCCCCUGGCAGGAACAGACAGAACCUCCGGGAUUGGUCCUAGAGCACGACUACAUUCCUCUUCCGGAGUGAUUGGCCAGUUCAGAUACCCCAGCGUUGACAGCGAAGAGUCGAAAAAAACUAACUUGCCGGAGAGUGGGAAAAUGGAAAAUUGUCUCAGAGAAUCCAGACAAGAAAUAGGAAAGCCCGAAGCCCAUGAAAACUCGGAUUCUCCAGGGAAAAUAGAGAAAUGCAGUGUUCCUCUGAGCAGGCUAAAGAUGAUGUUUGAGAGAGGGGAUGCGUCCCAAACAAAGGUUCUUCGUGACCAAGUUAGGGGUUCUGGCAGUAGCAGAGUUUCAGAAAAUAGUUUUUCCUCAGAAGAUCUUGACUUCAAUUCUGGAGAGAGAAACCACAGUGUCUCAGGUCAUCCGCUAAGCAACUCUCCGACAGAGAAACCAGAGAGCAGGAAGAACCAGGAGAUACCCCGUGUAUCGGAAACAUCCAUCAAGGACAGACUUGCUAAGUACCAAGCAGCCGUGUCCAAGCAGAGCAGCUCAAGCGGUCAUGUGAGUGAGAUUCAAGCCAGUGAAAGCGAAGACAAGAACUACGAUUGCGAACAGAAGGAGAACUUGCCGCCGUGCUCAGAAGAUCUGUUUUCCGAGCAGGAAGGGGAGGAGGCUUCCAUAGGAGAUGGCCUGAAUUCCAGCCUCUAUGAAGAUGGCGGUACCAUUGGAUUAAACUUCCAGAAAGAAAAUGAAGUCUCAAGGUCUAUCUCUGCGAAACAACAGAGCCCUGAUUCUCGGUUCUCUAGCCAGAGCGACACUUCUGCCCCCAAAGCUGUGAAGAAGUUCCAGCCACCAGCAAAGGAACUCUGCUUUGCAUGCAAAAAGACUGUAUAUCCAAUGGAGCGUCUCUUUGCCAAUCAGCAGGUGUAUCAUAUCAGCUGCUUCCGCUGUUCUUACUGCAACAGCAAACUCACUCUUGGAACCUAUGCUUCUCUACAUGGCAAUGUUUACUGCAAACCUCACUUCAAUCAGCUCUUUAAAUCCAAAGGUAACUAUGAUGAAGGCUUUGGACUUAAGCCACACAAGGAACUAUGGGUAAGCAAAACUGAGAAUGAUGAAUCCCAGGACAAACCUGACUAUACUGGAAAUGUCCAGGGGAGCCCCCAAAGUCCAGGAGUGGAAGAUGCUCCAAUAGCAAAAGUUGGGAUUCUAGCAGCCACCAUGGAAGCCAAAGCUGCUGGUAUGCUUGAGAAGGAGGAGAAGCCUACAGAAACAAAGAAGCUGAAGAUUGCUUGGCCGCCCCCUUCUGAACAAGGCAAUCAAGGAAAUGUAUUGGAAGAGGGUAUUAAAGUGUUGAAACCAAAGUGGCCCCCGGAAGACGAGGUCCCUAAGCCAGAUAAUCAGGAAGAGGUAGACCAAGACCUUAAAAAGCUACGGAGGUCAUCUUCGCUGAAAGAGAGAAGCCGGCCAUUUACAGUAGCUGCCUCAUUUAGAACAGUAUCUGUUAAGAGCCAUAGAACUGACAGUGUGUCUCCUCCCAAGGCUGAGAGGGUUGGAGUCCAUCAAGGUGACGGGCCCAUGAAGGAAACGGCACCCAAAAGCAAGCCAGUGGAUGGAAGUAACGCAGUUGAGGAUAGUGAGACUCCAGAUCCUUCCGAGGAGGACAGAAAGCUGUUUGAGAGAAAGGUAGAAGUGAGAGGUGAAGAGAGUCCAUUUGAGAAUGGCCAGAGAGGUCCCAAUGCUAAUGAGGAAGAAGGAAAUGCUGCAGGAGAGCCAGCAUCUCUCAAUAAAGAAGAAUCGUUUCGUAUGUCUCCCAAGCAUUUGGCCUUGAAUUCGACAAAUGACAGUGAAUUGUCCAUGAGUCCAAAUCGUAAAUCCCAAAAUGCAGGGUUUUUUGAAGGUGAAGACCUAGAAGAUUUGACUGUGGAGGCGCAGAUCAAGCGGAACAGAUACUAUGGUGAUGAGGAAGAUGAUGAAUAAAUUUAACUGUGUUCACUAGGAAACAUAUUACAGGUUGCUGGGCCUUAAAUUGGUGUGUUUAGCUUUUUUUCCCCCCUGUUUCUUCUACAAUGGCUGCCCUCUGUGAGCCAGGUGCUGCAGGUAAUGAAUAAGGGAACCAUAAAGAUUUGUUUGGUUUUGCAUUUUAUAGGAAGGUUUAUUGAAAAUGUGCGGUAAUGUAAUGGAUCCUGUGAAAUUGGAAGAGUACUCAUGAAAUUAUUUUAGGAUUAGCCGCUGCUUCAAUUUGAGGAAAACUGUACACUUCUGAAUUCCUCUCUGUAACUUGGUCACUUAAAUGGCAUCUUAUUUCUCUUCUUCCCUUUGUUGUCCAGCCAUGUGUGCAAAGUAUCAAUAUAUUUCCAGAGCUGAAAGAGAGAAGGCUUUUAAAAAUUACCACUAACAAUACUACUGUAGUGCUUAGGAACCAGUUCCGAAAGGGCUUAGGGACCAAUUUAAAUCGUUACUGCACUUUAAUGUAUAUGUAAAGGCACAAUGGAUACAUUUAGAAAAAAUAUAUAUAAUGAUGUGGGGGAAAACCCACUGUCUUCUAGAUAGAUAUCCAGUGAUGACAGUAUCUUAACUAUACGCACCAGCUGCAUGAUUUAAGGGGCAGGUAAUAUUUACUUGGCAAUGAUCAGGAGAUGAUUUUCUUUGCACUUUGCAUUUUUUAAAAAAAUUGUAUGUACAACUAGUUUUAAAGUUGGGCCCAGGUGAAUCCAAAUCUGCUGGCUGGCCAGUACAACGAAGUAGGUGUCUCAUACCUGGGCUUAGAAGCAGGUUAUCUUAUUUCCAAGAGUAGAGCUGAGUGAAGGACAGCGUAGAAGGCAAAGGUUCUGUCUGCAGGGUUUCACUACAUACAUUCCAUGUUUAUAUUUCUGAAUAUUUCCUACUUGAAAUUUCCAUUCUGCUUUUCUGCAAACAGUACAAGUUAUGAAAAUAUGUUAUGUACCAAACUGCCAGAUUUUUAAGUGUCAGCAUGCAAAAUGCUGGGCAUAAAAGUCAGCAUGAUGAUAAAUAAGACAAAAACAGUGGGGAUUUUUUGGUACUGAUUCCUAGCAUUGUGUUUUUAGUGCUUCUCGAUUUGCAUUUAUUUUAUAAAUCAUAGUAUUUUAAGCUGGAUAAAAGGGUAGUAGCUUUUAAUCUUUUUUGUAAUGUAUCCAGUUAAGUUAGCUCUAACUAUAUUUUAGAGUUGUAAAAUAUUCUGCUUUCUUACCAAUCUUGUUAAGUAUGAAACAUUUUUAUUCAAUAAAGGCUCUGCCAUUUUUAUUGUUGGAA